AUGGUUGUAGAGUUAGUAAUUAAUACUAAUUUGCCAGAGUUGGAGGAUGUCUCCAAGGAAAAACUGCUACGUAAAGGGAUAACAUUUGACCCGAACGAAAAGUUAGUAUUGAAUCGAGAAAGAUGUGUCAAUCCUGUAUUGAUCGAUAACUUCUUUAGGUUCCUGAGACAUGGUAGCGAUGACGUGCUUAAACAAAAACUUAACAAUAAUAAGAGUGAGGGCAGUAAAGAUCUAAACUGUAACAUUCUUUUGAAUCAAAUGUUAUAUCCGAAUUGGAAGGUUCGAUCGGAUGUAAUCUCAUUCUGUGAAUCAGAAUUAAAAUCAAUGAAAACCGAAGUUAACGAUAAGUUCGGCAGCGAAAGCGAUCCAAAACCGUUAGUAACGGAGAGGAUAGAUCCUUAUGCUGUUAAAGAUAUAAUAUCAGAAAGAGAGUCGCAUUACAAGGAUUGUAAUUCGCUUGAAACUUGGAUCAACAACCAGAAGGACAUAGAAAGGAUAAUUCAGAUCAGGACAUCUUCUAUUUUGAGCGAGCAAUGUGGAAAUGAUAGGGAUUACAUUCAAGACUUUCAAAACUUUAUCAAAACGAAAAACUAA